UUUAUAGCUUCUUGGAAUGGAAUGGAAAUUGAUAGUCAUAUAGAUGGGUUUAUUCUGCGGCCUUUGACUAAUAGUUUGUCCAACAGCCGCUGUCGUCCUCGUCGAUGUCCGUCCCUGCCAUCUGCGCCGCCUCUUCACCGAUCCUCAAUCUGCUUAGGGCCUGCACAAGCAUCCGGAACCUCAAACAAGUCCACACCCAUAUAAUCUGCAAAGGCUUCGAACAAGACCACAUCAUUAUAACUCAGUUCAUCUCUCACUGCAACUCCUUCUCCUCCAGCGUCGCCUAUGCCACCACAGUCUUUGAGCGCGUUCUUCAGCCCAACAUCUACCUCUGGAACUCGCUCAUCAAAGGGCACUCUGAACAUUCAUCUCUUGCCCAGUCCUUGUCACUUUUCAACCAAAUGAAAAAAUGUUUAGACGUGGUUCCGGAUGGAUAUACAUUAACUUCGCUUAUCAAGGCAUGUUCCAAUGUGCUGGCUUUGAGAGAUGGGCAGGCCGUUCAUGGGUUGGUAGUCAGGUAUGGGACCGAUAAUAAUGUGUUUGUUGGUUCGACAUUGAUUGAUUUUUACGGCAAGUGUAAAGAAAUUGAGUGUGCGCGUAGGUUGUUUGAUGAAAUGCCUGUGAGAAAUGAAGUAUCUUGGACUGCUAUUAUUGUUGGGUAUGUGAAUAUUGGUGACUUUUUGGAAGCUCAGAAACUGUUUAAUGAAAUGCCCAAGAAAAAUCUUGUUUCAUGGAAUGUGAUGAUUAGUGCAUUUGUGAAGUUUGGGGAUCUGAAUACUGCCAAGAGACUGUUUGAUGGAAUGCCAGAAAGGAAUGUGGUUUCUUUUACGACUAUGAUUGAUGGAUUUGCAAAGGUUGGUGACAUGGUGUCUGCAAGGUUUUUGUUUGAUCAGUCUUCCGAAAGGGAUAUAGUUUCCUGGUCUGCUAUGAUAUCGGGGUAUGCUCAGAAUGGACAACCUGAUGAGGCUGUGAAAUUGUUCUUUGAAAUGAUGUCUUUACAUUGUAGACCAGAUGAAUUUGUUAUGGUCAGUUUGAUGUCUGCUUGCUCCCAAAUAGGAUGUUUGGAUCUGGCCAGACGGGUGGAUUCUUACAUUAAGCAAAGCUCAUUUGAUCUCCACCAACCUCAUGUUGCUGCUGCUCUUGUAGAUAUGAAUGCAAAAUGUGGAAAUAUGGACAGAGCAAUGACUUUGUUUGAGGAGAUACCUAAGCGUGAUGUAAUUUUGUAUUGUUCAUUGAUGCAAGCACUUUCUGUUCAUGGCCGUGGUGAAGAGGCUGUUGGGCUGUUCGAUAGGAUGCUAGGUGAAGGGUUAGUUCCUGAUGGUGUAGCCUUCACUGUGAUUUUGACAGCAUGUAGCCGUGGAGGACUUGUUGAAGAGGGUUUUCGUUUUUUUGACUCUAUGAUUAAGGAGUACUCUCUAAAGCCUUCUCCUGACCAUUAUGCAUGCAUGGUUGACCUUCUUGGACGGUCAGGAAAGCUCAAAGCUGCUUAUAACCUAAUUAGAGCAAUGCCCAUAGAGACCUAUGCUGGCGCUUGGGGUGCACUUCUUGGGGCUUGCAAGCUACAUUCUGAUAUUGAAUUAGGUGAGGAGAUAGCGCGCAAGCUUUUUGAACUUGAGCCUCUCAAUGCGGGAAAUUAUGUGCUCUUGUCAGACAUAUAUGCUGCAGCAGAUAGGUGGUUAGAUGUUUCAUAUUUGAGGGAUAAAAUGUGUGAGAGGGGUAUUCGGAAGAUACCUGGUCGCAGUUGGGUAUAGUUAUAGACAUGGAUUGGCCCUAUAACCUCUGUUGCUAUUUCUAGAAUGGGCUUGGUACAGUAUUCUAUUCAAGUCAUUGCUAGGAACAGGAAGUUUUAGUUUAUAGAUUGUGAGCAAUGAAAUUGUUUUACAAAAUGUGGAAAGCAAAUGACCUUCUCAAUGGGGUACUUCAUUUUGGCGAAAUUUUAUAAGAGAAGAAACACGAUGGCAUGGUAAUCAGUAACCACUGUGUUUCCGUAGUGAUGACAAUUGCAAUAUUGGCUACCAUGCUACUUCCAUUCAAGAUGCUGCACGUUAAGAUGCCUUCAGAAUAUAUGGAAGAACAAAAGAGAAUACACUUCUAUAUUUUGCUUUAUGUGGAAGGAGACUGCUGACCUGAAUUCUAAAUAAUACAAGAGUUGUCAGGAGAUAUAUCGCCUCCGGUUGGGGUGGGCAGCAAUGGAGAUGCAAACAGAAAUAUAUAACGUAAUAAAUGGCUCAAGUUAUAGAAUCAGAAGGGGCAAUUAAGAAGGAUAUUUGCUGAUAUGAACAAUUGUAUUCUCUAGGACAGCAUUCAUAAAGCUACAUCACAUUUAAAAUAUUAAGCAAUUGUAACUUUCUCUACUCAUCUAUUGGUGCUUCUUUUUGUACAGCACACAUUCAAUAUUGUAUAUAUGUGCUCUACAGGAGAAAGGCAAGCCAACAUUAAAUACUGCAGACGAGUAGAAAAAUGGUUCAAAUCCUUGCUUCAGAAGUCACAAAAUUGUACAAGGUUAAAUAUUGGGGCCUGCAGCACUGAAGACGCAGAGCUUUGGGUAGUCUUGAUUCUUGAAGGAUAUGUACCUCUUCACCUCUUGGGGUUUGGGUUUUCAUAAUGCCAUUGUUGGAUGUGACUCUAGUCAAGUGGCCAAGUGGUUAGCUAAUGAACAAAAUGCUCAUGACGCCCACCUUGUGUAAGGUGCUAAAGGCUCGGGAUUGGGGUGUUCGGAUAAUGCACGUCUUUAAGAAACAAAAUAGAGUUGUUGAUUUCUUGGUUGCAAAUUCCUCGUCAUGAUUGGGGUUUGAGAACUUUGGUGGACCUUGUGUAAGAGUAACAUAACCACUUUGCUACAUUACACAAGUUAUUUAACUUGUUAUCCAUAUGCAAAUUAAAGAAGAAUAUAUGUGCUGCCUUAAGCACUGAAGACUACAAUGAAAAUACUGAUGUCCACAGAAUAGCUAACACAAAGUCCCAGUAUUCAAUUCUGUUGCCCAUGUUCCAGCCAUAUCUUGGUCCAGAGGGACAACAGGUUGCAAUGGAAGAACAUAGUAGUCCAUAAAAUGGAACAUAGAGUUCAUGCAACUCCAAGCAGCAGCUGCUAUGUUAACUGCAGGCACACACUUGAAAACAGAAAAUCCUCCAGUUUUCCACUUUGUUAGACAACAAGAAUUCCAUUCUAAUCUAAAAUCCCUUGUGAAGAUCUCAACAAACUCUUGAGAGGAUUCAAUAAUAUAUCUAUAUUCAUA